GUAAAGCAAAAAAAAAGCACAAAAAAUAAAAACAGAUCCCACAUUCAAUAAUGGGUCGUCACUGUCAACUUGUUAUGGGUCCUGCUGGUAGUGGCAAGUCCACGUACUGUGCCACAAUGAUGACACAUUGCCAAGCAGCUGGUCGUAAAGUUCAUCUUGUUAACUUGGAUCCUGCAGCAGAACAUUUUGAAUAUGAACCUACAAUUGACAUUCGCGAACUGAUUACUCUUGAGGAUGUCAUGGAGGAAUUGGAUUAUGGACCGAAUGGUGGUCUGAUCUACUGCCUUGAGUUCUUGUUGAAUAAUAUUGAGUGGCUCGAAGAAGAGAUCGGAAGUUAUGAUGAUGAUUACCUGAUUAUCGAUUGUCCUGGUCAGAUCGAACUCUACACACAUUUUCCUAUCAUGCGUCGACUCUGUGAGCAAUUGGGUCGUUGGAAUAUGGCAAUCUGUGGUGUGUACUGUCUCGAAUCCCAGUUUAUUGAGGACAAGAGCAAAUACUUUUCUGGUGUAUUGAGUGCGAUGAGUGCUAUGGUGAAUUUGGAAAUUUCACACAUCAAUGUGAUGACCAAGAUGGAUUUGGUCCAGGGGGACUAUGGAAAUCGAGCUGCAGAUGAAGAUAUUGAGGGAGAGACCGAGAGUGAGAAGAAGAAGAGACAGCGUAAAAAGAGGGCCCAGAUGGAGCGUGUGAUGGUUGAGCGAGAGAUGGACCGCUAUCUUGAGCCAGACCCGUUGCUGAUCGCAGAAGAGGCAGGCGCAUUGGAAGAAAAACCGAGUGCAUGGACUUUGAAAUUCCAAGCGUUAAAUCAGGCAAUUGUACAACUGAUCGAUGACUACAGUAUGGUCAGCUUUAUUCCCUUGAAUAUCACUGAUGAAGAAUCUGUGGAAUAUGUGCUUUCGAGUGUGGACCAUGCGAUGCAGUACGGAGAAGAUUUAGAGCCAAAGGAACCUGAUGACAAGGUUGAAUAUGACUAGUCCUAAAGAAUUGUAGUAAUAAUUUUAUUCAUGUACAAUAAAUAAAUAAGUAAAUAAAUAAGGGAGGACU